GGGACCGGGGCCUGACGUCUCCACGCCCAGCCCGGGGGCCGGAGCUGCGCCCUGGGUCGGCGCCGCGCGAGAGGAGCGCGGGCUCCCGCCGGGCUUUGGGGGAGAUUUCAGGACGCGGACAGCGCCCCGGCGGCCGGCGGGCGGGGGCUGGGUCGAGCCCCGGAGCCCCGGGACCCCGGGCAGGGCGGCAGGUGCGGGCGGCGGGACCCCGGGAUCCCGGGACCCCGGGCCAGCAGGUCAUGGAAGCGCCGGGCAGCCGGCUGGAGCCGCCCCCGCUCCCCGAGUACAGCUGCAGCUACGUGGUGUCGCGGCCGGUGUUCAGCGAACUCGCCUUCCAGCAGCAGCACGAGCGGCGCCUGCAGGAGCGCAAGACGCUGCGGGAGAGCCUGGCCCGCGGCUGCAGUUGUUCAAGGAAGAGAGGCCUUGGUGUGCUGAAGACUCUCCUGCCCAUCUUGGACUGGCUCCCCAAAUACCGAAUCAAGGAAUGGCUGCUUAGUGACAUCAUCUCGGGAGUUAGUACUGGGCUAGUGGGCACGCUGCAAGGCAUGGCGUACGCUCUGCUAGCCGCGGUUCCUGUUGGAUAUGGUCUCUACUCUGCUUUCUUCCCCAUCCUGACAUAUUUUAUCUUCGGAACAUCAAGACACAUCUCAGUUGGGCCAUUCCCAGUGGUCAGUUUAAUGGUGGGAUCUGUCGUACUGAGCAUGGCCCCGGAUGAACACUUCCACACAUCCAGCGGUAACGGCACUGCAUUCAAUGCCACGGUGAUAGACUACGCGGCUAGAGAUGCAGCAAGAGUAUUGAUUGCGAGCACCCUUACUCUUUUGGUUGGAAUCAUCCAGUUGAUAUUUGGAGGUUUGCAGAUUGGAUUCAUAGUGAGGUACUUGGCAGAUCCUUUGGUUGGCGGAUUCACAACAGCUGCUGCCUUCCAAGUGCUGGUCUCACAGCUGAAAAUCGUUCUCAACGUUUCAACCAAAAACUAUAAUGGAGUUCUCUCCAUCAUCUAUACUCUGAUUGAGAUUUUUCAAAAUGUUGGCAACACCAAUCUUGCUGAUUUCAUUGCUGGAUUACUCACCAUUAUCAUCUGUAUGGCAGUUAAGGAAGUGAAUGAUCGAUUUAAGCACAAAAUUCCAGUCCCUAUUCCUAUAGAAGUAAUUGUGACAAUAAUUGCUACUGCCAUUUCAUAUGCAGCCAACCUGGAAAAAAACUACAAUGCUGGCAUUGUUAAAUCCAUCCCGAGGGGGUUUUUGCCUCCUGUACUUCCACCUGUGAGCCUGUUUUCUGAGAUGCUGGCUGCCUCGUUUUCCAUCGCCGUGGUGGCUUAUGCUAUUGCAGUGUCUGUCGGAAAAGUUUAUGCCAUCAAGUAUGAUUACACCAUCGAUGGGAACCAGGAGUUCAUUGCCUUUGGGAUCAGCAACAUCUUCUCUGGAUUCUUCUCGUGUUUCGUGGCCACUACUGCCCUGUCCCGCACUGCCGUCCAGGAGAGUACUGGGGGGAAGACUCAGAUUGCUGGCAUCAUCUCGGCGGGGAUUGUGAUGAUCGCCAUUGUCGCCCUGGGGAAGCUGCUGGAACCUUUGCAGAAGUCAGUCUUGGCCGCUGUUGUCAUCGCCAACCUGAAAGGGAUGUUUAUGCAGGUGUGUGACAUUCCUCGUCUGUGGAGACAGAAUAAGAUCGAUGCUGUUAUCUGGGUGUUUACGUGCAUAGCAUCCAUCAUUCUGGGGCUGGACCUCGGUUUAUUAGCUGGUCUCAUGUUUGGAUUGCUCACUGUGGUCCUGAGAGUUCAAUUUCCUUCAUGGAACGGCCUUGGAAGCAUUCCUAGCACAGACAUUUACAAAAGUACCACAAAUUACAAAAAUAUUGAAGAACUUGAAGGAGUGAAGAUUCUUAGAUUUUCUAGUCCUAUUUUUUAUGGCAACGUUGAUGGUUUUAAAAAAUGUAUCAAGUCCACAGUUGGAUUUGAUGCCAUUAGAGUGUAUAAUAAGAGGCUGAAAGCACUGAGGAAAAUACAGAAACUCAUCAAAAAAGGACAGUUAAGAGCAACAAAGAAUGGCAUUAUAAGGGAUGCUGGUUCAUCCAACGAUGCCUUUGAACCUGAUGAAGAUACUGAAGAUCCAGAAGACCCUGAUGUCCCAACCAAGGAAAUAGAGAUUCGAGUGGAUUGGAACUCCGAGCUUCCAGUCAAAAUGAAUGUCCCCAAAGUGCCGAUCCAUAGCCUCGUGCUUGAUUGCGGAGCUGUGUCUUUCCUGGAUGUCGUUGGAGUGAGAUCACUGCGAAUGAUUGUCAAAGAAUUUCAAAGAAUUGAUGUAAAUGUGUACUUUGCAUCACUUCAAGAUCAUGUGAUAGAAAAACUGGAGAAAUGUGGUUUCUUUAAUGAUAACAUUAGAAAGGACAUAUUCUUUUUGACCGUCCAUGAUGCUGUCCUCCAUCUACAGAACCAGGUUAAAUCUCGAGAAGUUCAAGAUUCCAUUUUAGAAACGAUUACUCUCAUCCAAGACUGUAAGGACCCUCUUGAAUUAAUGGAAGCAGAACUGAUUGAAGAAGAACUGGAUGUCCAGGAUGAGGCUAUGCGUAGUCUUGCUUCCUGAAAGUGGGCUCACGAGGUUACUCUAAGCAAGGACUGAAAGGCAAGAUUUACCCACCGGUAGACUUCUAUGCAAACAUUUUCUGCAUUGACUAUUUCUUUGGACUUGAAACACUCA